AUGGCCGACACCGUCGAGCAAACGCAACCGAUCGAAGAGCCUACUGCGCCUCUUGAUGGCGUAGUUGCGCCUGAAGCUGCUGCCCUUGAAGCUGUCGUCGCGACCGAAGAAUCUGCGGCUGACGUGCCAUCGACCGAACAAGGCGAAACUGUCGAAGAGGACGAAAAGUCUAAAAAGGUCACGCUGGCUGACUUGUCCGCCAAGGGCAGCGCGCUAUACGCGCACAAGAACUACGAGGCUGCAGCAGAGGUCUUCUCGCGCGCAAGCAACCUGCAGGCUGAGUUGAACGGCGAGCUUGCCCCAGAAAAUGCCGAAAUUCUAUUCCAUUAUGGACGUAGCCUGUUCCGAGUCGGUCAGAGCAAGAGCGAUGUGCUGGGCGGACAGGCGGCUGGAGAAGCCAAGAAGACAAAGGCGAAUGGCAGUUCCGCGGCCCAAGCGUCUUCGUCGAAGCUCCCUACUCUGGACGAGAAUGUGAAGGAAGCUUCUGCCCAAGCCUCAGAGAAGAAAGAAGGCGACGCCAAGAAAGCCCUGUUUCAAUUCACCGGAGAUGAGAACUUUGUUGACUCGGACGACUCGGACGAAGAGGGUGAUGCCGAACCCGAAGAAGAGGAAGAUGAUCUUGCCACUGCAUUCGAGAUUCUUGACCUUGCGCGCGUAUGCUAUAUGAAGCAGCUUGCCCAGCUCGAGCAAGCUACCGACAGCGAGAAGGGCAAGGAGACUGUCAGCGAGCUGUCUCCUGCUGAGCGCCAUGUCAAGGAGCGUCUCGCUGAUACCCACGAUACUCUUGCCGAGAUCUCACUAGAGAGUGAGCGGUACCCGAAUGCUAUCGAGGACGGUCGUGUAUCGCUCAACUACAAGCUGGAGCUCUACCCUGUUGAGUCCGAAGUUAUCGCCGAAGCUCACUACAAACUCUCCCUUGCCCUCGAAUUUUCCUCCAUCACUAGCUCUGGUGACGACGGCGCCAACACCAAGCGCGAAGAGAUUGACCAGGAUCUCCGUGAUGAGGCCGUGAAGGAGAUGGAUUUGGCUAUCAAGAGCUUCAGACUCAAGCUGCAAGGCAAGGAAGUUGAAAUGGCAACCUCUGCUUCUCCUACAGACAAUGACCUUAUCCGCAAGGACAUUACUGAGAUGAAGGAGCUCAUUGCGGAUAUGGAGCAAAGACUUGUCGACCUCCGGAAGAACCCCAUCGACCCCCAAGAGCUCCUGGGCGCCACCGAGGCCAACGUCCUCGGUGGCCUCUUUGGCGCCGUGCUCGGCGAGACCCCCGAGGAGACGCAAGCCCGCGUUGCCGAAGCCACCAAGGGCGCCGUCGACUUGACGAGCAUGGUGCGCAAGAAGGCCAAGCCCGAGGCUGCGGCCGCCGCGCCGCCGACCGAGUCAUCCACCAACGGCAAGCGCAAGGCCGAGGACGAGCCUAUCGAGACCGGCGCCGAGUCGCCUAAGAAGGCCCGCGUCGAAGAGGCGGCGUAA